AUGUCUGAACGUGGGAAGAAAACCACAAAUCUCCAUGUGCCAAGGAAGACCAAAUCAGCUAAGGCUGGUCUGCAGUUCCCUGUGGGUCGUGUCUACAGGCUCCUUAAAAGAGGGAACUACGCUCACAGGAUCAGUCUUGCUGCUGCCAUCUACCUGGCUGCGGUGCUGGAGUACCUGAAUGUGGAGAUCCUGGAGCUGGCAGGGAAUGCUGCACGGGAAAACAAGAAAGCCAGAAUCCUGCCCAGGCACAUCCAGCUGGCUGUGAGAAAUGAUGAUGAGCUAAACAGGCUCUUUGCCUGUGUGACCAUUGCCCAAGGCGGGGUGUUACCUAAUGUUCUUCCUGAACUACUUCCUAAGAAGACCACUUCACAUAAACCACCCCACAAAUAUGUCCAGUCACAGGAGUUCUAG